GAUCGGGAGCGAAGCGUGACAGCGAAAUGCCACAACGAUACGUGCCUUAAAAGAUGCGCUAAUUUUACUUCUGAAAGGAGCGGUGUAGUCCUGGGCACAUGUAGCGUGCUGCUGGAGCUGGAAGAGGGCUGAGUUUCGUGGAGGGUGGAGUUAAACACGCCAAACUGGCUUGAGCUCCGAGGUUUUGCGAGAGGAAACCAGUCCCUAGAUUAACAAAGAUUAACCACCAAGAGACGAGUUGAAAGGUUUGCCUCCUUUGCCACAAUGGCAGAGACCAAAGGAAAGUAUGACUUUGCCAUUGACAGAGGUGGCACCUUCACUGAUGUGUUUGCCCGGAUGCCAGAUGGGCGUGAGAGGGUCCUGAAGCUGCUCUCCUGGGACCCCCAGAACUACAAAGAUGCCCCUACAGAGGGCAUCCGGAGAGUGCUAGAAGAGGAAACUGGUAGGCCCUAUCCCCGUGACCGGCCUGUGGACACCUCACUGAUUGGUUGGAUCCGAAUGGGCACAACUGUCGCAACCAACGCACUUUUGGAGAGGGAAGGAGAGAGGACAGCUCUGCUUGUCACAAAGGGAUUCAAAGACCUUCUCCAUAUUGGCACACAGGCCCGGCCGAAGCUGUUUGAUUUGGAGGUUGCUGUACCAGACGUGCUUUAUGAGGAGGUGAUUGAAGUGGAUGAGCGAGUAGUUCUCAAACAAGAUGGAUGUCGGCUGCCUAGACGGGACCCCAAACGCUGUGUCACAGGCAGCACUGGAGAUUCUCUGGAGGUGUGGAAGGAGCUGAAUUUGGAGCAAGUGGAGAAGGACCUUAAAGGAGUUUUGUCCCGGGGAAUCAACUGUCUGGCUGUUCUGCUACUGCACUCCUACACAUGGUGUGAUCAUGAGAAGGCCGUGGGCUCCCUGGCUCGUCGACUUGGCUUCACUCAAGUGUCUCUGUCCAGUGAAGUCAUGCCUAUGGUCAGAGCUGUUCCUCGAGGCUACACUGUCUGUGCCGACGCCUACCUCACCCCAAAGAUACGGCAGUAUUUAAAAGGCUUUACAGCUGGCUUUAAGGAUGCCCUCAAGAAUGUGGAUGUGCUGUUCAUGCAGUCAGAUGGUGGCCUUACUCCAAUGGGGCAGUUUUGUGGAUCGCGAGCUAUUCUGUCUGGGCCAGCAGGGGGCGUUGUGGGGUAUGCUAUCACCUCAUACAGCCAAAUGGAGAAGAAACCCGUAAUUGGCUUUGAUAUGGGAGGGACCUCGACUGAUGUGAGCCGAUACGCCGGACAGUACGAGCAUGUCUUUGAAGCUACAACAGCUGGGGUCACUCUGCAGGCUCCUCAACUGGACAUCAACACAGUGGCUGCUGGUGGAGGCUCUAGACUCUUUUUUCGAUCUGGGAUGUUUGUGGUUGGACCAGAGUCUGCAGGAGCACAUCCAGGACCAGCAUGUUACAGAAAAGGUGGUCCCCUAACUGUCACAGAUGCUAACUUGGCUCUCGGUCGCCUCCUUCCAUCCUUCUUUCCCAAAAUCUUUGGACCAGGAGAAAAUGAACCACUUUCUUUAGAGGAGACAAUGAAGCACUUCCAUAAACUCACUCAAGAUAUCAACGUUUUUCUGACUUCUAACCAAUCUCAAUCUUCAGUAAAUGGGGUUAACCUAUUAAACAACAGUAAAGUACCAAGCAGCAAUUCAGAAAUGAGAGUGGAGGAAGUUGCUAUGGGAUUUAUACGUGUUGCAAAUGAGGCCAUGUGUCGACCAAUCAGAGCUCUGACACAGGCAAAGGGGCACGAUACGUCUCAACAUGUACUCGCCUGUUUUGGAGGUGCUGGAGGGCAACAUGCCUGUGCUAUUGCAAGAGCCCUGGGGAUGAAAAGUGUCUUCAUUCAUAAAUACAGUGGUGUGUUGUCAGCUUAUGGUCUAGCUCUGGCUGAUGUAGUGGAAGAAGUGCAGGAGCCAUGUUCACUGAAAUAUGAGGAGGAGUGUUACGUGGAGCUGGACAGAAGAGUGGACAAUCUCUCCAAGCGCUGCAUUGACACGCUGUGUGCACGGGGCUUUAGCAGUGGCCAGAUCACAACUGAGGUUUUUCUUCAUCUGCGUUAUGAGGGGACAGACUGUGCACUCAUGGUCACAGCAACUGGAUUUCCUCCCAGUGCACAGUCAUGCAAAGCUGGGGACUUCCACAGUGCCUUUACCAAACGUUACUUGAAGGAGUUUGGCUUCACGAUCACUGGCAGACCCAUUGUGGUGGAUGACAUCAGAGUCCGAGGAUGUGGAAAAUCUGGCAUCAAAUCAUUUUUCAAGAAGUCAGGGGAGCAGAAAACAGCAAAACCAGUUACAAUCACUAAGUGCUAUUUUGAGGGGGGUUAUCUUGACACCAAUGUUUAUCUGUGGGAAGAACUGCCAUGUGGCUACAGCAUUCAGGGACCAGCAAUCAUCAUUGACAAAAACAGCACUAUCCUGGUGGAGCCCUGCUGUGUGGCCAGGCUGACAGAAGGGGGCGACGUGUGUAUUGAUGUUGGUUCGGACCCCCACUGUCUCCUGGGCACUGAGCUGAACAGUGUGCAGCUCUCCAUCUUCUCCCACCGCUUCAUGAGCAUCGCAGAACAAAUGGGCAGGGUGCUCCAGAGAACUUCAAUCUCCACAAACAUAAAAGAACGUCUGGACUUCUCUUGCGCGGUGUUUGGGCCAGAUGGAGGCUUGGUGUCCAAUGCUCCCCACAUUCCUGUCCACCUGGGGGCCAUGCAAGAGACUGUCCAAUAUCAAAUUAAAGCUAUGGGUAGUAACUUAAAAGAGGGUGAUGUUAUUCUCAGUAACCAUCCAUGUGCAGGGGGAAGCCAUCUCCCAGACCUCACUGUCAUCACACCAGUGUUCAGAAAAGGCAUAGGUGCGCCUGUUUUCUUUGUAGCCAGCAGAGGGCACCAUGCUGACAUAGGGGGAAUCACUCCAGGAUCCAUGCCUCCACACUCCACCUCACUGCAGCAAGAGGGCGCUGUAUUCAUCUCAUUUAAACUGGUCACAGCCGGGGUCUUUCAAGAAGAAGCUGUAACUGAAGCACUCAUGGCUCCAGCUCAGUACCCAGAAUGCUCCGGGACUCGUAAUCUCCAUGACAACCUGUCCGAUCUGCGGGCUCAGGUGGCGGCCAAUCAGAGAGGGAGCCAGCUGGUCGGGGAGUUGAUCGACUGCUAUGGUCUGGCUGUUGUUCAAGCUUACAUGGGAUACAUUCAGAGUAAUGCAGAGCUCGCUGUGCGGGACAUGCUCAGAGAUUUUGCCCAACGCAGACGACAUCAGACCGGCUCUCUGGAGGUGGAGGCCGAGGAUUUCAUGGAUGACGGAUCACCAAUCAGACUCCGCGUCCAGAUUAAUGAAGAAGAGGGCAGUGCUGUCUUCGACUUCAGUGGGACAGGGACAGAAGUUUGGGGGAAUUGCAAUGCUCCUCGUGCCAUCACACUCUCUGCUCUUAUCUACUGCCUACGCUGCAUGGUUGGACAAGACAUCCCACUUAAUCAGGGAUGUCUAGCUCCCAUCAAAGUUAUUAUUCCUCCUGGUUCAAUCCUCCAGCCCUCCCAAAACGCAGCUGUAGUAGGUGGAAAUGUGCUUACUUCACAAAGAGUUGUUGAUGUUAUCUUUAAAGCAUUUGAAGUUUGUGCUGCCUCACAGGGUUGUAUGAAUAACAUCUCCUUUGGUAGUGAGAAGGUUGGAUACUACGAGACAGUGGCUGGAGGAGCUGGAGCAGGACCAAGCUGGAACGGGCGGAGUGGAGUCCACAGCCACAUGACCAAUACUCGUAUCACGGAUCCGGAAAUACUGGAAAAGAGAUAUCCAGUGAUUUUGGAGCAGUUUUCAUUACGACCCAACUCAGGGGGGGAAGGGAAAUAUUUAGGGGGUGAUGGUGUGAUCCGGAAACUGCUGUUCAGAGACAAGGUGGUUCUGUCAGUGCUGACCGAGAGACGCUCGUUCCGCCCCUAUGGCCUCGACGGUGGUGAGGAUGGAGCUGCGGGACUAAACCUCCUUCAGAGACAAGAUGGCAGACUCCUCAACCUGGGAGCCAAGACUAGUGUCACUCUUGAACCAGGGGACAUAUUUUGCCUGUACACACCCGGAGGAGGGGGUUAUGGAAAAGGGGAAGAAGCGAACGGAAAACCCCAAACUAAACGCCGACGCUUGAAUGAAACAUUCCCGGAGAGAGGCAGUGUCUUUGAAUACCGAAUGGCACAAGAGGGAGUGUGAGCAGGCAGGGUGAGCUAACCAGUAAGACACAAGGGGAAAGAGAGGAAAGAAAUGAAAGAGGUCAGAUUUCAUCUUAAUACUGUGAAAAACCUAACGCACACUGUAGAAAUACAUACCAUAAUACUAUGGUCUUCUUUUUCAUAUUACAACACUGCCAGAUUCAAAUAAAAUGUGUUAAAAUACUUUGUAUCAUGUCAAUAAAAUCUAACUGCAAAGCC